AUGCCUUCCGAAAACGCCAGCGUACCGCAAGUGACCUCCAACUCUGAUGUGGUUGGGGGAGCUUCAGCUGCUAAAUCCCAAUGUGGUGCAACCAAUGACCAACCCAGAAAAACAAAUCAUAGUUCUUCGGAAAGUCCUAUAACAGAAGCUGGAUCUUUGCUUCUCAACGGUAGUGCUGCGGCAUCUCACAAAUUAACAAAACCCAGACAAAUGCAGGUCAUUGACAUCAAAAAGGACUUGUCGGCACUGGUUGCCCAGCAGAUGCUGGCUACGCCCGAUGCCAUUGCACUAGAGGAUGAGACAACGAAAUUGACUUACAGCGAGCUAGACCAAAGAGUCACCGCCCUCGCCAGCCGUCUCCGUGACCACGGGGUUGGUCGCGAUAAUCUCGUCGGCGUGCUUUUGGGGCGUAGCUCAAAUUAUGUGAUUGCUUGUCUUGCGGCGCUCCGUGCUGGAGGGGCCUUCCUGGUUCUUGAGCUGGCCUACCCACCUAAUCUCCUGGCGGAUGUUAUUGAUGAUGCCAAACCAACCGUCGUAAUCACAAAUUCAACUCAGGCCAACCAGUUCAACGCAGAUAUCCCCCUCAUUCUCCUGGACAAGCUUGGGACGGAUCCCUACAAGUCCACAGAACCCGUGGAGGGGCUCUCUCCCUUACCUGCUGACGAUGACCUCGAACGGCUUGCUUUUGUGUCCUACUCGUCCGGAACCACUGGUCGACCCAAGGGGAUUGCAAACCCCCACAUGGCGCCGGUGCUCUCGUAUGACUUGAGAUUCCGCCUCAGUGAUCUCUCAACGGGAGACCGCGUGGCUUGCAAUGUCUUCUUUGUCUGGGAAAUUUUACGGCCCCUUUUGAGAGGAGCAACUGUGUUCUGUGUCCCGGACGAGGCUAGUUAUGACCCCGUCGCGCUUGUGGAUUUGCUCUCCCGCCAGCGCAUCACGGAAACCCUCAUGACACCAACUCUUCUUGCUGCAGUCCUUUCCAGACACCCAGAUAUUGAAUCUGAUCUACCAGACCUACGCACGUUAUGGUUCAAUGGCGAGGUUGUAACUACCGAUCUUGCCCGCCGUGCCAUGAAAGCUCUCCCGAAGACGCGCCUGCUCAACUGCUACAGCGCCAGUGAAACCCACGAGAUUGCUUGUGGAGAUAUCCGGGAAAUUAUUGACGAAGAGGCUCCUUACUGUCCUGUUGGGCAACCCAUGGAACCGGAGCAUACCUACAUCCUUGAUGCGAGCGGUAGGAAGGUCGAGACUGGUGUUCCUGGAGAGUUGUUCGUCGGUGGAUCGCUUCUUGCUCGGGGCUAUCUCAACCUUCCAGAAACUACCGCCGAGGCGUUCGUGCCAAAUCCGUUUGAUGCAACCCCGGGUUCCCGCAUGUACAGAACUGGGGAUCUAGCAAAGAUGCUCUCGUCUGGAGUUCUUGAGAUCACUGGCCGCAUAGGAGCUAUGAUCAAGGUCCGAGGGUAUUCCGUCGUGCCUGGCAAGGUUGAGAAUGCCAUUAUUGAGAAACUGGCCGUCAAACAAUGUGCAGUUAUCGCUCAUGGCGACGGCCUCGAUCGUCAGCUGGUUGCAUAUAUUGUACAUGACAAGGAGGAUCCAGGAGACCGCGCCAUCCCCAUAGUUGACGAGGCUGGAUACAGUCUGGUGGCUCGACGAACCCUGUCGACGUCGCUGGCUCAGUACAUGAUUCCGGCUCUAUGGGUUGAACUUGACGAGCUGCCCACCAACAGAGUCUCUGGAAAGGCUGAUAUCAAGAAACUGCCUCCCCCAGUUGUCUCCAUUUCAACCAUUUUCAACCACACCAAGACUGAGCGUGACCCCAGAAUCAACAUCGAAGCCAUCGCAGAGAUUUGGGCUGCAUCCCUCAACGUACCAUUCAACUCCGUGACAAAGGAACACACCUUUUUCGAUCUGGGUGGUCAUUCUUUGACACUCGCUGAUCUUGCCACAAGGCUGUCGAGGGAAUUUGGCUUCCUCGUCCCAGUCGCACGCCUUGUUGUGAACCCCACGCUCCAGGGCCACUUGGACGUUGUACUUGCUGUUCGAGAUGGACACACCGCAGCAGUACAGGCAGAUUUGCCCGCUGUACUGCGCGCGGAUUGCACACUUCCUGAGAGUAUCCAGCCCGCUGGCCAUCCCAUGUGUUCGCUUGAAAAUGCCCAUACGGUCCUGUUAACUGGUGCCACGGGUUUCUUGGGCGCCUUCAUACUCUGCGAUCUCCUGGAAGCAACAUCGGCCCGCAUCUUGUGUCUCGUGCGCUUCACUGACCCCAAAGGUGAAGAUGCCCCAGCGGGCGUCGCAAGGAUACGUAAGAACUUGCUUGACCUGGGACUAUGGAAGGACUCGAUCCUCGAUCGCAUCGAGGUUCUCCCAGGCAACCUCUCGCACAAACGACUUGGCCUUGGCAUUGGCGCCUAUAAGGAGCUUGUAGACAAUGUCCAAGUCAUUAUCCACGCUGCGGCCACCGUCAACCUGGUAUAUCCAUACGCUGCCUUACGGGAUGCCAAUGUGGGUGGCACAAGAAAGAUUUUGCGCCUGGCGGGCCAAAGCGGAGCGACGCUACAGUACAUAUCUACAAACGGCGUCUUGCCACCAUCCGAGAAGGCAUGGCCCGAGAGCUUUAUGAUUGGAGUAGACGCCGUUCCAGAGAGCCUAGGUGAUGGUUACGGACAGACGAAAUAUGUUGCCGAGGAGCUCGUUCACGAGGCAGGUCGCCGUGGGAUGCCGGUGAGAAUAUUACGGUGUGGAACCAUCAGCGGCCAUAGUACUUCGGGGUCGACCAAUACUUACGAUCUCUUCACUGCACUGCUCGUGGAAUCACUGCAUCUCGGGUAUUACCCAGAUAUCGCCGGAUGGCGCGCUGAGAUGACCCCAGUCGACCACGUUAGCAAGGCCGUCACUACUAUCUCCAAUAAUAUUCAGACAAAGCAGCGUGUGUUCCAUCUUGGGGAUUCCAACCCCGUGGAGACCAAGUCGCUGUUUGAUAACCUCGCUGAGCUCGGAUACCCCGCAGAGCCACUUGAAUGGGAGAAGUGGGUUUCGCUUUGGACACAAAAAAGAGGCUCUGCAAAGAGAGGGGCCGGUGCUUUCACCGCCGACAUUCUCCGUGGUGGAAUGCCAACCGUAGAAUUCCUGAAGGAUAUCACGAUUCUCGGCGACGAACAGUCGAAGCCCGUCCUUAGCGCUCUAGAGCGUCCCAAAAUCGACGUAAAGUUGCUUGAGACCUAUGCUCGCAACUGGUACGCCAGAGGUUGGCUGCCACGUCAACCUUUACGUCUGCAACAGUUGAAUGGGGUUGUGAAUCUUCCAAAGAAGGGGCCAUUAAGCGGACUCGUGGCUGUCGUCACUGGCGCAUCGUCUGGAAUCGGAGCCGCGACCGCUGCUGCUCUAGCCAAGGAAGGUGCUCAUGUCGCACUUGCCGCGCGCCGCACCGACGCUCUCGAAUCUCUUAAAAAGAAGAUCACAACCUACGGAGGUAAAGUUCUUGUCCACCAAACCGAUGUCACGAAGAAGGAGCAGGUUGAGUCACUAGUGCGCGCUACCGAGGAGAUUCUUGGCCCAGUUGAUAUCUUUGUUUCCUGCGCUGGUGUCAUGUACUUUACCAUGAUGGCAAAUGUGCAAACCGAGGAUUGGGAACGCACUGUCGAUGUGAACUGCAAGGGCCUACUCAAUUGUCUGUCCUCCACUGUCCCAUCGAUGCUGUCCCGAGGCAAGGGCCACAUCGUUGCCAUAUCCUCGGAUGCAGGCAGGAAGGUUUUCCCGGGCCUGGCUGUGUACUCGGCAAGUAAGUUCUUCGUCGAAGCAACACUUCAAGGCCUGCGUGUUGAGACAGCCGGCACUGGUCUGCGUGUCACUAGCGUCCAGCCUGGAAACGUUGCCACGGAGCUCCUGUCAAUGUCGACCGAUGCGGAGGCUCUCAAGAAGUACGGGGAGCCGUCGGGGGCAAAGGUCCUCGAUCCUAAGGAUGUUGCGAACAUGAUUGUAUAUGCUCUGAGACAGCCGGAGCAUGUUGCAGUGAACGAAGUGAUGAUUGAGCCUCGGGAUGAGCCGAUUUGA